CAAUAACUUUUGCUUCCCUUGCAAUUUUAUCGCGUCGAAAACGUGAAAAUCCACACGGGACUUUCAUUAUUGCCUCUUCCGGGUGAUUCAAAUAAAUCCUGAACGAUAGGGUAACUUCAGAAGUAAAGAAAUAUGGCAGACAGUUCGCACGAAAGCGAAACAGGUCACGAUGAUUCUACAAAUGACUGCGACAACACAUGCGAAGUUAUUUCGUUACCUUCGGAGUCUGAAUUUUCCGCCGUUAUUUUUAACAACGUCUCCGAAUGCUAUCCACCCGACAGAGAUAUAGAAUGUCGAUAUACGAUAAAGCGUUCAGUUAAACCACGUUCCAGGGACUGGAUUGGGUUUUUCAAAGUUGGAUGGCAAUCUUCGCGAGAACAUUACACUUACGAAUGGUCGCCAAUGCCAAAUAUUCAAAAUGGCGAACAAGGAAAACCAGUGGCAAACAAGGUUGUUUUUCGUCAUAGGUAUUUGCCGAAAGCUGACGACGAGUUUUAUCAGUUUUGUUAUGUCACCUAUGCUGGGGACGUGAGAGGGGCAAGCGUUCCCUUUCAGAUUAAAACCAAGCCCGCGAUGGAUCAAGAAGAGCUUGAGUGUUGCGAAAUGGAAGAUGACGAGGGUUCAUCAAUUAUGGUUGUCAAGAACAAAACGGCUAUUAUGGAAGAAUCGCUAGCCCGCACUUUGGAAGAGAAUUCUGCUUUGAAAGCAACUAAAGAAGCAACGCUGGCAGAUUUGAAUUUGGCGAAUGAGAAAGUGAUGGAGUUAGAGUUGCAAAAAGUAGAUUUGACAUCCGAUUUGAAAGACUUAGAGGAAAAAGUCUCAAGCUUGGAGCAAACUUCUGCCCAGACGAAUAUCGCUUUGGAAGAAGCGCAAGAAAGGAACAGAGCGCUUGAAAGGAAAAUCGACGAUCUGAAGACGAUAGAGGAAAAUUCCAACAGGAAGAUUGUGGAAUUGACGAAGCUUGUUGAGGAAGAACGUGCGCAGAGCUCUCAAGUGGAGAAAGACACGGAAAAAUUAGAGGUGGAGAGGAAACAAUAUCUAGAGAGUAUGACCGCCGAUCGCCAAAUGAUUGAAAAGCUGCAGAAUGACUUGAAACACAAAGAUGAUGAAAUCAAUGCAGUGAAGGCUCGUUUGACAGAGUUUAAAACAAAAGCAAAGGCUGAAUGUACAGAAUUAAAGGAGAAAUUGGAGAAAGCAAACAACGCAAAUGGAAGACUGCAUGAGAAACUGUCACAGAUGACAGAGGAGAACGGUGGUCUUAAAAGAAAAAUUGAGGAGGAAUCCGAGCGUUUGACCAAAAAAGUGCGAGAAUUGAAUGUUGAGUUGAAGAGUAAGCAAACUGAACUGGAAAAAGCAAUGGAGGAAGUUGGAAACUGCAAGCAAACAAUUGAGGAAGUAGAAAGAGCCAAAGCAGAAAUAUUAAGGGAUGCAACACAUGAAGCAGAGUUGCUAGGCAACACAAUGGAAAGGCUGCAAGGAGAUGUGAAAGAAAAGCAAGAGCUUGUCCACCAACUUGAGUGUGAACUGGAAGAUGCUAACUCUCAGCUAGCUCAGGAGAAAGGAAAGACUACUGCAUUGGAAGAAGAUUAUGAGUCCGUAAUCAGGGCACUGCAUGACCAACUUGAAGGAGAGAAGGCCUUAAAUCAAUCCCUGUGUUCUCAGUCUGAUCGCAACUUAGCCAGUCUCCAAGCUCAAGUGCAAAAGCAGCUGGAGGCUAACAUGGAACUGAGUCAGCAGCUCGAGGGAAAAAAUGCUGAAAUAAGGGGGCUGUGUGGAGAGCUGGAUAACUGCAAGAAGCAAUUGCAAUCUGCAGAGGAGAAAGCCCAAAUAGCUUCAGUCAAGCUAAGUUCUGUAAGUGCUGAAGUCAGUGCACUGAGGGUAGACAAGGAGACUCUCCAGACAACUUUAUCAGAUACCCAAGGGGAAAGUGCGCAACUGACCAGAAAUUCAGCUGCUUCCAUGCAUGCAUUCAAGACUGCCCACUCUCAUCUGGAAAAGAAGUACUUGAAAGUCAAACAGGAGAUGGAUGAAAUGUGGAGGGAAAGAAAUGAGCUUAAGAGAACCAUUGCAAGUUUCCAAGGAAGUGUCUCGUCAGAUGACUUGCGCAUUCAACUGGAAGAAAUGAGGGCAAACAAUGAAGAUCUACGUAUGAGACUUAAGAUGGGAGAAGAAGCAUUCAAGGGAAAAUUUGUGGAGUGCCACAGAUUGCAGGCACAGUUGAACAAAUGGAUGAAGGGCUCAACAGUACAGUUAUCAGAAGAAAACUCAAUACCAGAGAUACAGACUCAGCUUGCCAAGCUGCAGAAGGAUUUGGAUGAGGCAAGAAAAGCAUUAGAGAAAGAGAAGAAUGCAAUGUUACAGAAGAAUAACCAAAUACACCAGUUGAUGUUGGAGAUUUCUGAGUUGAGAGUAAAAGUUCCAGGCAGUGAACGCUUGGAGCUACAGAAGACUGACCAAGUGGAGCAAAUCCCAGUUGUACAAGAACUGCUUGCAAAAGUGGCUGAGCUGGAGAUAAUCUUGGAUAUUGAAAAAGUGGAAAAAGAGAAUGUCAUCCAGGAGAUACUUAACCUACAAGAGCAGUUGAAAAAGAAAGACGGAGAGAUAAAAAAUGCUGAGGAGAAUCUUCAGAGCACCCAAGAGGCACUCUCCAAAGAGCAAGAAGAGAGAGAGAGACUUGGUGAGCAGGCCAGAACAAAGAUCCAGGAACUCGAAGCCAGUGAGAAAAAGGUUGUUCUAAAGAAUAAAGAGCUAACAAGAGAAGUGGAAAGAUGGAAAAAAGAAGUUGACCUCCAUGUAGAAGCGCAGUCCAGACUGAUGGAAAAUAGAUCUGAAAAUACUGAAGUAACCACUGAACAACCAAAACCUCAAGCUGCAGGAGAACAACCUCCCACAUCAGUUCCCACCAUCUUUCCAAAGCGCGGACCCUUGCUGGGAAUCUUUGGUCGUCCUGCUCCUCCUCUGUCAGUUCCAGACAAUCCUCAGCCAUGGGUUUUUGUCCAACACCAACCAGAACCAAGGCCGCAAAGCUCUCCAGUUGUGGUUCCUCCACAGGUGUUUCCUCACGUCCCUCCACAGGUGUUUCCUCACGUCCCUCCUCAGGUCCCUCCCCAGUACCCUAAUCAGUACCCUACUCAGUACCCUACUCAGAUGCCCAUUUCUACAUCAGAGCCCCCACUUCCUACUUCCCCUCCUCCAAGUGCCCCCGCCUUGACUGCAGUCUCUGCACCUGCUGUUUUGGAAUCGGAAGUGCCGCAAUGUCCGGUUUGUAAGGCUCUUUUGCCUCCAAGUGUUGACAGAGAUGAGCAUGUUAAUGGCCAUUUCAAUGAUUGAGUUUUUUUAGGAUAUUUUCAGUUACAUUUAACUGGUAAUUCAUAUUUAAAAUGAUGAUAAUCAGUAGCUUAAAGCUAGUAAUGUAAACAUGAUUACAUAAUGCUCAACUCAACAAUUGCAUUCAGAAAUUGGUUAGGUUUUUUUGGGGGGGGGGGGUAGAGAGGGGGUAAAACAGGGUACUAUUAAGAUGGAAAACUGUGCGAUUAAUUUGAAUUCUGAGGAUUGCACUACAAAUGGUUACGAGUUGUUAAUUGCAAGUAAGGCCUAGCUGCUUUUCUGCUUUUUUCAUAAUUUGAUGGUAGUAAGCGAUGGCUGUCGUAUUCCUGAUUGAGCACAUGCUACAAAUCACAAAUUUCUUCACUGCAAUGAACUUGUCAAUCAUGGAAAAUCAGAUCUGAAUAUGUUGAUGCCACAGCACCUUGCAAUAACCUCAGUGUUGUAUAAAACAACUGUGAUGGCCAAAGGGAGACAAAAAGUUUAAUGAUGAUUUGGCCAGAUGUCCACAAAGGAGAAGAUUGACCAGGAACAGGAAAGUGUACUUUGUAAUGAUACAGCUUUUACCAUUCAGUUGCAAAAAAAAAAAUGUAUUUUCCUCUAAAUUUAUGAUUGACUUAUAUAGGCUUGACAGUAUUUGGAAAUUAAUUAAAAAGGAAGUACCUUGUAAAUGUCUUUUAUUUUUAGUUCUUUCACUCUUCAGUGGUUAUGUCAUUGAAACUAAUUAAUACAUUAAAUUGACAUGAAUCAAGUAUUUUAAAAGGUGUAUGAACUAAUUAUAGACUUGUUAUCACUACCAAUCAGAGAGGAAACAUCAGUAUGUAUAUUCAAACAGUGUUCUAAAGUAAAUCUACUGAGAAACUAUACAGUAGCUAGUCAACUCACACAACAAACUUCAAGGUGCUUUCAUUUAAAAGUUUUACCUUGCCUAUUGAUUUCUAAGUAUUGCAUAGACAUUCAGUAAAAAGUGGACUUGUCCAUUGUAGUCAUGAGUGAGCUGACUUAUAAUACACUUGAAUCACUGAGAUAUCACUUUUUAAUUUCAAUAAUAUCAAUAGCAUUGAGUUCAUAAUUUUAAUGGAACCCUUACUGUUUUAUCUCAGACACAUAAACUUGAGUGUUGAUUGUAGGGAACUUAAUCACAGAUAUUUUUGCAAUGUGAAUAAUACAUGAAGGGAGAAUGCAAACUUCUCCUAGUUUGCUUUUUUAAUCAAUGAAUAAGUUGGAAAGGCCCUGUCUUAGCAGUUUGAACACUGCCCUACCAAGAAUAAAUGAAUAAACAACCUACAGCUUGUGUGAGGGUAAAGAACCCUUAACUUUUAGUUGUCAUUGACCUCUAAAAAAUGUCUGUGUUUAAGCUCCCCUAUGUUGGUUAUGUAUUCUGUGUGUUCUUUAAGAGUUAUUACUUUAAUGUGUCACAAAAGCUGCAAAUGAUGUAAACAAUGGUUUAUACUAUAAUGACCACAACUUGGAACUUUCUUUAAGAACAGCCUUUGUGAGAAAUUCCUUUGAAUCCAUCAUGGGAUUUGGCACAAAAUUACUAAAGAGCAAAAAAAAAAAAACCUCACUUAGGUACCUUUCCACUCCUUGCUUCUGUGCUGUGGAGAAUACUUCAGAAACAAGUUCAAGUUUCUUUAUUUUAAGUGAGUGAGUUAAAAGUUGGGCUUUUGUUAAAGGUAGCUCACAGGAAGUAACUUGAUUUAGUUGAAUUUCUUUCUUGAGUAGUGUAGUUGAUUUAGUUGAAUUUUUUUUUAGUGUAGGCAUAUAAGUAGAUUAUAACUAUCAAUUUUGUUUGGAAGUACUUUUGUGCUUGCUUAACUCCUAAAGAACAAAGCAAUAAUUGAAGGUGUGCCUGGGAAAAGCCCUGACACUUUGGAUACUGCUAAAUUCUCUUUCUUAACUGUCUUAUAUUUCCUUUUGAAUCAAAAGGAGAAUUUGAUGGUGCAUUGGGGUUUUAUUUCAUGCAUCCCUUCAAGUAGUAAAAUUUCUAAAAAAGCAAUUUCUCAAUUGUCAAUGUGUUUGUCAUGUCUCUGCAAAGACGACAAACUCAUUCUAACUAAUCAUGGCUUACAUAUCUUGGUUAACUUUAAAUGAUGAGGUUUUAAAGCAAAGACAAAUUUUUGGUUGGAACACA